AUGGAAGACAAAGACGAUGUAGAUGCGCUGAUGUUUUUCCACAGCAGAUGUUUUGGAGUAUCUCCAUCACCUGAAGGAAGUCCUCAAGGAGAAGACCGCCACAAACAGAGAGUACGGUCAGGGUUGAAGCUGAUUGCCUCUCUGGACUGUUCCGUUGUGAUUCCUGCUGUCUCCACACCGGACUUGUCUGUCUUCCAGGUGGUCUUCACCUCAGAUGAACUGCCUUCAGCUGAGUUCACCAAUCAGCGAUCAUCCUCCUCCAGCUCCACCCCCUGCCUUCCUACCUCCAAUGAGUUAGCUGUCUCUGCAGCGUCCCCUGCUGGCAUAGAGGACCUGAUCACUGCUGUGGUCCCAGUCCAGCUGAACUAUCAGGUCCACUCCUGCUGCAAGUCUUGCCUGCCCAGUUUGUCCAGCGUGUUGCAGUCCACAUCUCAGUUCUAUGGUCAUAACCCGCUGAAGGUUCCGCUGCUGUGCGGCUUCCAGAGGUUGAGCGCUUACCCAACACCACCAUCCAGAGGCGGGGCCUUUGACAGCAAGGAGGAGGAGGACAAUGCAGCUGAGGGGGAUGUCAUUUACAAAACGCCGUGUGGGAAGAGUCUCCAUAACCAUGGUGACGUCAUGCAUUUCCUGUUGUCCACUGAAAGCUCUGAUGUCCUGCAGGUGGACUUCUUCACCUUUAACUCAGUUGUUCAGUUGGACCCACCCCUUCUAUCGGGAUCUCGUCGGCCCGAGGUGGAUCUGAGCCAUGGCAUCGAGCCCACGCCGGUGGAACUCUGCUCUGAGGAUGACAGCGUCCGGCCAAAAGAGUUCCGCUACAGGAAGGACCGCUGGCCGCACGGCUGCUUCCUGACCCGCGGGCCAAAGCUCUUCCACACCUGCUGCGACUGCACUGACGGCUGUGUGGAUGCAGCACGCUGCACCUGUGUCAGCCUGACCACCGGAGGGCGCCAUUACUCCUAUCACAGGCUGAGUAAGCCUGUGGAGUCCGGCGUGUACGAGUGUGGUCCGUGGUGCGGCUGUGUGCGCACUCGCUGUCAGAACCGCCUGGUUCAGCAUGGCAUCAGAGCCCGCCUCCAAGUCUUCCAGACAGGUGACCGCGGCUGGGGUGUGCGUUGUCGUGAUGACCUGGACUGUGGCACGUUUGUCUGCAUAUAUGCAGGUGUGAUCCUCAGACGCCACCAGAGUCCAGCUGAGGCUCCACCCACAAAGUUGAUGAGGGCGGACCUCCCGUCAGAUGACGAAGUGGAGGUUGUCACAGAGUGGCUUGCUCCACCAAUGUUGGAGGGGAGCAACCUGCUGGAAACGUCCCCACCUGUCUCAUCCCCUUCACAUGUGCCGGUCAUUCAGAGAUCCACUGACUCCACCUCAACGCUUUUGGACAGAGACAAGACGUUGGUGGUCGGCGCUCCGGAGUCUGAAUCCUCAUCAGCAGGUGGGUCAGGUGACCAAGAUCAGGAGACGAAGGUCACCGUGGCAACGACAGACUCCAAGACAACAGUCCAUAAGAAGAAGGACAUGGUGGUGAGAACUUUAAGGCGAGCAGCGAGGGAGGAGGAGGUUUACUUUGUGGACGCCAGCAAGGAGGGAAACGUCGGCCGCUUCAUCAACCAUAGUUGCGACCCGAACCUUUUCGUCCAGAAUGUCUUCACCGACACCCAUGACCCUGGAUUCCCCGUCAUAGCCUUCUUCACCAGCAGGUUGGUGAAGGCCGGUACCGAGCUGACCUGGAACUACUCUGCGGAUAUACGACCAAGCGCGCAGGAGGAACUGGACCUGCUGUGUCUGUGCGGCAGUGAUGCCUGCAGGGGGUGCUUCACUGUUCAGGAGAAACUGUGUGUGUGAAGAGUGCCGGGUCAGAGGUCAUGGAGGUCGAGACCCACUGAUUGUUCCAGAAGAUUGAAUGAGCGUGGUUGAUGUCUUACCUGUCCAGUCAAUCUCACUGUGUUUUGUACAAUAACACUACCUCUGACCUUAGUGAUAUGAAAUAUACUGCGGUGUUUUGGGAUUGCAUUUCAUUACUAUGCUGAUGAUACUCAAUUGUACACGCAGAUAACGGCUGGUAAUCUCAUUUCCAUAAAAUCCUUAGAAGAUUGCCUUGCAUCAGAAAGAAGCUGGAUGUCUAGUAACUUCCUACUUUUAGACUCUGAUAAGACUGAAAUGAUGGUUCUUGGUCCACCAAGAUAUCGGCAUAAAUUUUACCAGCUGGCGGUGGCCUGGGUUCGUGUGUCAUACAUAUAGACAAGGUGAGCAACCUUGGGCUAAUUUUUGAUCCUAUGUUGUCCUUUGGCCUCCACAUUAGAGAUAUUACGAGAGGUGCCUUCUUCCAUCUGUGAAAUAUAGUGAAGAUUUGUCCCAUCCUGUCUAUGG